CGGAAGUGACGUGCGGCGCUUGGCUGGCUGUGGAGUCCGCCGAAGCUUUUGGCGGCGGCUGAGCCAGCUGAGAGGAAAAAUGGCUCGGAUUGUGGCGGCUUCGGCGGCUCAGGUUGUGGUAGAGGCAGAGGCUCAGGCAGUGUGAGGUCUUGCUAUUUUGGAAGCUACAAGAAAAGAAUAGAUUGGGGAAAAAAAGGUUUGGUCUUUUUAGAGGACAUGGCUCAGAUAUCCAGCAACAGCGGAGUUAAACAAUGUCCAUCUUCACAUCUGGAACCAACAAGAGCAAAAGAUGUGGACAAAGAAGAAGCAUUACAGAUGGAAGCAGAGGCUUUAGCAAAACUGCAAAAGGAUAGACAAGUUACUGACAAUCAGAGAGGCUUUGAGUUGUCAAGUAGCACCAGACAAAAAGCACAGGUUUAUAACAAACAGGAUUAUGAUCUCAUGGUGUUUCCCGAAUCAGAUUCCCAAAAAAGAGCAUUAGAUAUUGAUGUAGAAAAGCUCACUCAAGCUGAACUUGAGAAACUAUUGCUGGAUGACAGUUUCGAGACUAGAAAAACACCUGUAUUGCCAGUUACUCCUGUUCUGAGCCCUUUUUCAGCACAGCUGUACUUUAGACCUACUGUUCAGAGAGGACAGUGGCCACCUGGAUUAUCUGGGCCUUCCACUUACGCUUUACCUUCUAUUUAUCCUUCUACUUACAGUAAACAGGCUGCAUUCCAGAAUGGCUUCAAUCCAAGAAUGCCCACUUUUCCAUCUACAGAACCUAUAUAUUUAAGUCUUCCGGGACAAUCUCCAUAUUUCCCAUAUCCUUUAACACCUGCCACACCCUUUCAUCCACAAGGAAGCUUACCUAUCUGUCGUCCAGUAGUCAGUCCUGACAUGGCAAAACUAUUUGACAAAAUAGCUAGUACAUCAGAAUUUUUAAAAAAUGGGAAAGCAAGGACUGAUUUGGAGAUAACAGAUUCAAAAGUCAGCAAUCUACAGGUAUCUCCAAAGUCUGAGGAUAUCAGUAAAUUUGACUGGUUAGACUUGGAUCCUCUAAGUAAGCCUAAAGUGGAUAAUGUGGAGAUAUUAGACCAUGAAGAAGAGAAAAAUGUUUCAAGCUUGCUCGAAAAGGAUCCUUGGGAUGCUGUUCUUCUUGAAGAGAGAUUGCCAGCAAAUUGUCAUCUUGAAAGAAAGGUGAAUGGAAAAUCCCUUUCUGUGGCAACUGUAACAAGAAGCCAGUCUUUAAAUAUUCGAACAACUCAGUUUGCAAAAGUCCAGGGCCAUAUAUCUCAGAAAGACCCAAAUGGGACCAGUAGUUUGCCAGCUUCAAGUUCUCUUCUUCAGGAAGUUGAAGUACAGAAUGAGGAGAUGGCAGCUUUUUGUCAAUCCAUUACAAAAUUGAAGACCAAAUUUCCAUUUACCAGUCACCGCACAAAUCCAGGCUAUUUGUUAAGUCCAGUUACACUGCAAAGAAACACAUGUGGAGAAAAUGCUAGUGUGAAGGUCUCCAUUGAAAUUGAAGGAUUUCAGCUACCAGUUACUUUUACAUGCGAUGUGAGUUCUACCGUAGAAAUUAUUAUUAUGCAAGCCCUUUGCUGGGUACAUGAUGACUUGAAUCAAGUAGAUGUUGGCAGCUAUGUUUUGAAAGUUUGCGGUCAAGAGGAAGUGCUGCAGAAUAAUCAUUGCCUUGGAAGUCAUGAACAUAUUCAAAACUGUCGAAAAUGGGACACAGAAAUUAGACUACAACUCUUGACCUACAGUGCAAUGUGUCAAAAUCUGGCCCGAACAACAGAAGAUGAUGAAACUCCUGUGGAUUUAAACAAAUACCUGUAUCAAAUAGAAAAACCUUACAAAGAAGUCAUGACAAGACACCCUGUUGAAGAACUCUUAGGUUCUUAUCACAACCAAGUGGAACUAGCUCUUCAAAUUGAAAACCAGCACCGAGCAGUAGAUCAAGUAAUUAAAGCUGUAAGAAAAAUCUGUAGUGCUUUAGAUGGUGUUGAGACUCUUGCCAUUACAGAAUCAGUUAAGAAGCUAAAGAGGGCAGUUAAUCUUCCCAGGAAUAAAACUACUGAUGUGACUUCUUUGUCUGAAGGAGACGACACUAGCAAGAGUUCAACUAGGGGCUCACUGAAUCCUGAAAAUCCUGUUCAAGUAAGCAUGGACCAAUUAACUGCAGCAAUUUAUGACCUUCUCAGACUCCAUGCAAAUUCUGGUAGGAGUCCUACAGACUGUGCCCCAAGUAGCAGGAGUGUCAAGGAAGCAUGGGCUACAACAGAACAGCUCCAGUUUACUAUUUUUGCUGCUCAUGGAAUUUCAAGUAAUUGGGUAUCAAAUUAUGAAAAAUACUACUUGAUAUGUUCGCUGUCUCACAAUGGAAAGGAUCUUUUUAAACCUAUUCAGUCAAAGAAAGUUGGCACUUACAAGAAUUUCUUCUAUCUUAUUAAAUGGGAUGAACUAAUCAUUUUUCCCAUCCAGAUAUCACAAUUGCCAUUAGAAUCACUUCUUCACCUUACUCUUUUUGGAAUUUUAAAUCAGAGCAGUGGAAGUUCCCCUGAUUCUAAUAAGCAGAGAAAGGGGCCAGAAGCCUUGGGCAAAGUUUCUUUACCUCUCUUUGACUUUAAACGGUAAGUAUUACUGAAUUGUAAUGGUGAGUCACUGUGGACACUUCUGCACAUCAACUCUGUCUCAGAAACAACAACAAAAAAGAUAUUUGCUACUAAUUUGAUCAACUUCUGUUAAAUUUUAAAGGUUGAUUUUCCUUCUCCUGCAUUUGAUAUUAUUUAUACAACUCCUCAAGUUGACAGAAGCAUUAUACAACAACAUAACUUAGAAACACUAGAGAAUGAUAUAAAAGGGAAACUUCUUGAUAUUCUUCAUAAAGACUCAUCACUUGGACUUUCUAAAGAAGAUAAAGCUUUUUUAUGGGAGAAACGUUAUUAUUGCUUCAAAUAUCCAAAUUGUCUUCCUAAAAUAUUAGCAAGUACCCCAAACUGGAAGUGGGCUAAUCUUGCCAAAACUUACUCAUUGCUUCACCAUUGGCCUCCAUUGUACCCACUAACUGCAUUGGAACUUCUUGAUUCAAAAUUUGCUGAUCAGGAAGUAAGAUCUCUAGCUGUGACCUGGAUUGAGGCCAUUAGUGAUGAUGAGCUAACAGAUCUUCUUCCACAGUUUGUACAAGCUCUGAAAUAUGAAAUUUACUUGAAUAGUUCAUUAGUGCACUUCCUUCUGUCCAGGGCAUUGGGAAAUAUCCAGAUAGCACAUAAUUUAUAUUGGCUUCUCAAAGAUGCCCUGCAUGAUGUACACUUUAGUACCCGAUACGAACACGUUUUGGGUGCUCUCCUCUCAGUAGGAGGAAAACGACUUAGAGAAGAACUUCUAAAGCAGACGAAGCUUGUACAGCUUUUAGGAGGAGCAGCAGAAAAAGUAAGGCAGGCUAGUGGAUCAGCCAGACAGGUUGUUCUCCAAAGAAGUAUGGAACGAGUACAGUCCUUUUUUCAGAAAAAUAAAUGUCGUCUCCCUCUCAAGCCAAGUCUAGUGGCAAAAGAAUUAAAUAUUAAGUCGUGUUCCUUCUUCAGUUCCAAUGCUGUCCCCCUAAAAGUCACAAUGGUGAAUGCUGACCCUAUGGGAGAAGAAAUUAAUAUCAUGUUUAAGGUUGGUGAAGAUCUUCGGCAAGAUAUGUUAGCUUUACAGAUGAUAAAGAUUAUGGAUAAGAUCUGGCUUAAAGAAGGACUAGAUCUGAGGAUGGUGAUUUUCAAAUGUCUCUCAACUGGCAGAGAUCGAGGCAUGGUGGAGCUGGUUCCUGCUUCCGAUACCCUCAGGAAAAUCCAAGUGGAAUAUGGUGUGACAGGAUCCUUUAAAGAUAAACCACUUGCAGAGUGGCUAAGAAAAUACAAUCCCUCUGAAGAAGAAUAUGAAAAGGCUUCAGAGAACUUUAUCUAUUCCUGUGCUGGAUGCUGUGUAGCCACCUAUGUUUUAGGCAUCUGUGAUCGACACAAUGACAAUAUAAUGCUUCGAAGCACAGGACAUAUGUUUCACAUUGACUUUGGAAAGUUUUUGGGACAUGCACAGAUGUUUGGCAGCUUCAAAAGGGAUCGGGCUCCUUUUGUGCUGACCUCUGAUAUGGCAUAUGUCAUUAAUGGGGGUGAAAAGCCCACCAUUCGUUUUCAGUUGUUUGUGGACCUCUGCUGUCAGGCCUACAACUUGAUAAGAAAGCAGACAAAUCUUUUUCUUAACCUCCUUUCACUGAUGAUUCCUUCAGGGUUACCAGAACUUACAAGUGUUCAAGAUUUGAAAUAUGUUAGAGAUGCACUUCAACCCCAAACUACAGAUGCAGAAGCUACAAUUUUCUUUACUAGGCUUAUUGAAUCAAGUUUGGGAAGCAUUGCCACGAAGUUUAACUUCUUCAUUCACAACCUUGCUCAGCUUCGUUUUUCUGGUAUUCCUUCUAAUGAUGAGCCCAUCCUUUCAUUUUCACCUAAAACAUACUCCUUUAGACAAGAUGGUCGAAUCAAGGAAGUCUCUGUUUUCACAUAUCAUAAGAAAUACAACCCAGAUAAACAUUAUAUUUAUGUAGUCCGAAUUUUGAGGGAAGGACAGAUUGAACCAUCAUUCGUCUUCCGAACAUUUGAUGAAUUUCAGGAACUGCACAAUAAGCUCAGUAUUAUUUUUCCGCUUUGGAAGUUACCAGGCUUUCCUAAUAGGAUGGUUCUAGGAAGAACACACAUAAAAGAUGUAGCCGCCAAAAGGAAAAUUGAGUUAAACAGUUAUUUACAGAGUUUGAUGAAUGCUUCAACGGAUGUAGCAGAGUGUGAUCUUGUUUGUACUUUCUUCCACCCUUUACUUCGUGAUGAGAAAGCUGAAGGAAUAGCUAGGUCUGCAGAUGCAGGUCCCUUCAGUCCUACUCCAGGCCAAAUAGGAGGAGCUGUGAAAUUAUCCAUCUCUUACCGAAAUGGUACUCUUUUCAUCAUGGUGAUGCACAUCAAAGAUCUUGUUACUGAAGAUGGGACUGACCCAAAUCCAUAUGUCAAAACAUACCUACUUCCAGAUACCCACAAAACAUCCAAACGCAAAACCAAAAUUUCACGAAAAACGAGGAAUCCGACAUUCAAUGAAAUGCUUGUGUACAGUGGGUAUAGCAAAGAAACCCUAAGACAGCGAGAACUUCAACUAAGUGUGCUGAGUGCAGAAUCUCUGCGGGAGAAUUUUUUCUUGGGUGGAGUAACUCUGCCUUUGAAAGAUUUCAACUUGAGCAAAGAGACAGUUAAAUGGUAUCAGCUGACUGCAGCAACGUACUUCUAAACUAGUGAAUGUCUCAGCUUUGGAAGCAAGGACAGUUAUAAACCUGCAUGUGUACAUGCACACACACACACAUAGACACACACACACUUGUGAAUUUUGUAUAGUAUUUUAUACUUGGAUGGAACUUACAUAGUUAAAUAUACUUGCUGCAUUUGAACACAUCUGUUGGACCAACAGUCACAUAACUAACCUUUUUGAACUUUUGGAAGCCAUUGCUGUUUCAGUCAUUAUGCAGAAUGCUAUAAACCCUAAACUUAAUAUAUACUAAUUCCUGAAAAAGACUUUGAGACAGUACUAUGUCAGUUCAGCCACCUAUUUUGCAUUGUUUUCUCUGAAGAGGCAGGGCAUAUGUGUUUUCCUGUUGUGCACCUUUUAUAGCCUUUACCACUGUGUAAUGUUCACAAACACCAAAGUAAAGGAAAGAUGCAGGAUGUUACCAUAAAAUGCAGCUGCUAUUCACGGAGCUGAAAAACAAAGCACAAAUAAUAGACAGCUAUGUUAAGAACUACUAAGUAGUUUAUAGAAGUAGGUAAAAACAUAACAUUGCUUUUUAUUCAUGUCUUUAAAGCCUUUUUCAGAAUAAGUGCCAAUCACUGAUGUUGUAAAUAAUGGUGCCUUAACUUUGUAUGCUUCCCUGGCACUUCAUUUCUGGUUUUUUUCCUGAUUUGAUAAAUAAUUAGUACAUAAUUUUCACUCACUUUCAGCUUACUAAAGACAAGAAAUUAUGUACACGUACUAAUGUUUUUCCCACAGAAAAUCAUUUUCUCUAAUUCUGAUGUAUGAAAUAAUUAUUUAAAUGGUCAAGCCAUUUAAGUUUUUGUUGCCCAAUACCUGAACAAGACUUAUCAGUGUGAUUGUACAACAAAUUCCAUCAUUCCAUUAUAAUCCUACAUUUAUUCCAGGAGUGGUAAUUUCACCUCCCUACAUCUAUACUCCACUCCCUCAGUACACAAGUGAAUAAUUGUUCAUCCAUGUGCCCAUUCCUGAGUAGGGCAGACUCUUCACAAGAAGCCCCUGACAGUUCUAGGGUCCAGAUUAAACUUUAAUAUAGACCUUUUGUCUUUGUAGACUAGUUUGUCAUGUAAACUGUCUUACUGACAUGUGUAAACAUUGUACAUUCACAUGAAAAGUUAUUUUCCUUUAUAUAAUGGGAUUCAGAAUCAUAAGGGACAGGAUUGAAAUUAUUCUACAGUAACCAUUAAGAAUAAGAUUUGCCAGGCACAGGUGACUCACACCUGUAAUCGCAGCACUUUGGGAGGCCAAGGCAGGCAGAUCACCUGAGGUCAGGAGACUAGCCUGGCCAACAUGGUGAAACCCUGUCUCUACCAAAAAUACAAAAAUUAGCUGGGCUUGGUGGCAGGCGCCUGUAAUCCCAGCUACUUGGGAGGCUGAGGCAGGAGAAUCGCUUGAACCUGGGAAGCAGAGGUUGCAGUGAGCUGAGAUCAUGCCACUGAACUCUAGCCUGGGUGACAAGAGUAAAACUCUGUCUCAAAAAAAAAAGAAAAACAAUAAGAUUCAUUAUUUUUAUUAGUUAUCAACUUUAGACACAAUUUCGUUAGUUGGGAUAAAUAUAUAUAAGAACUCUCAUGGUUAGAAUAGAAAUUCAGAUACUUUAAAAAUGGCAGUAGAGAUUGCACCAAUCAGGUUGCUGUGAGAAAACUAACAAAAUAUGCAAUAAAGAAUAUGAAGAGGGGCAGGACAAUCGCCAAUUCAGUUGCCCAGAACAGAAUUUUUAUGAAUUGCACAAAUGUUUAAUGUAAAUGGUGAUACCUACGGAGAAGAAAUAGAAGAGUUGAUAAUAUAUCAGUGGGAUGGGGUGGGGGAAAAACUUGAAAUUUUUGGUGCCUAACACUAAUGGUCCAUUUGUAGUUAAACCCAUGAGUAUGGUAGAUGAAUGUCUUUUUUUUUAAUGUUAAAAUGUGUUGUCUAUUUAAUAAGUUAAUUAAAAUGCAGAUGAAAGCACCACCAUUUGCUUUUUCCACAGAUCGAUAACAUUUCCUUAAAGUAUGUAAGUAGCUUUGCAAAUGCAAAUGUGCUAGUAAUUUUCACAUCAGCUUUUGAGACCUAAUUCCAUUCCACCAGUUGUCUUAGCCAUUGUAAUUUCAAAACAAACCAACAAACACUGUCUUAAUAGAGGUCAUUGUUAAUUGGACUCAACAUGUGCUGCCUUUUUGCAGUCUGUUAUGGCAGUGUCUUUAGCACAAAUAAUAAGAGCUAAAAAAUGUGCUGUCACUUCAAUAAGAAAUCUGGACUCAUAUCUAAAAGUGUGUAUUAUAAUGCUGUACAGUUAAGAAUUCAGAACAAGUGGUAAUGUUUUAAUUUAACUCAUCUUGUGCCUUCUUUACUCAUUCAAACACAUACAUUUUACAUAUGGUUUAAUAUAAAUUAUUUCUUUGUUAAAUGCUAAUCUUCAGCCCAUACCAAAAAAUAAAAAUAAAAAGAGGAGAGUCUCUUUGCAUUACUACUAUCAAUCAGUUUUAAAUCAGUUGGAUUUUUAAGCAUUUUUUAAAAGCUCACAUUAAAGUAAAUCUGAAAAACGAAAGUUUAACAAACUGGCCAAGACACUGAUUUUUAUGUAUAAUCACAAUCUUUUAUACUUAACCUUUAUUGACUAAAUUAUGCUACGUUAAGUCCUGCAUCAGAAGAAUUCUUUCUUCUUGCCAUGUUUUGGGAUUUGAAGAUAACGGUUCACUCGAAGAACCUAUUAUUUUCUCUACUGAGGAACCCAAUGUAGAACUUGCACUGAUAUUUUUAUUACUGCCUUUAUAUGAAUCUAUAGGUAUCUAAAUGUUAAGGCAGGUAUGAUCUUUGAUAAUUUCUUUUUUCAAAUUAAAGUUGUAUAAAAGUUUCAAUAUCUUGCCUUAAAAUUAGUUGCCUGUUCUUUCUAGGAUUCAAAUAUUAUGGCAUUUAAAAAAGAAAACAUUCACUUUUGAAACUUAGACUUCAGAUCAUAAAGGACUGAAACCCCACUAUCAUAAUCCAUAAAUUUAUUUCCAUGUUGUUUGACUAGCAGUGCAUAUAUGAAUUAAUAUGGUAAUUAACCUCAUCUAUAAGAACCAAAUACUUUAAUUAUAUUAAGGUAGUGAAUAAAGAUGUAUAAUAUUUUUAUUAAUACCCUGAAUAUAUUCAGUGGAUUGAAUGUGACUUCAUAACUAUACUACAAUUGUAUUAAAAUAUUUCUGGAAUAAAA